AUGAAACACAAAUACAAUGUACUGAUUUAUAGAAAGAAGAAAACACAUCUAAGACUCGAUGUGCUACUAUUCUUCUUCUAUACUGUUUUUAUUCAUCUAAUUUUACAAAAUGAAAAAUUUGAAGCACAACCAUCUGAUUAUGAAUAUUUAGCGAACUUACAGAAUGAGAUAGAAGAGACAAACAUUUACAACUUGAACGAGGCCUUCAAACCUCCAUACUCACCCGACUCAUAUGUGUAUAAAAAAAAUAAGGAUGAAAAGGAACAGCAAGAUUUGGGAUACAUCAAUGUAGAAACAAAGGAAAGGAAAGAUAAAAAUGAAUGGUUAAAUAAAAAGACAACAAUUGUUGAGGAAAAUGAAAAAAAUAGAAAUAGUAAAGAAGAAGAAAAAGAAUCAAAGAAAAAAGGAAAAGAAAAUUCCUUCAAACCAAUAAUAGUAGGAAAAUAUAACAUAAUAUACAUUUUUUACAGCAUCGAAUUUUUUAGUUUACUUUUAUUUAUUCUUUUUCAUUUAUUAACAUUUCUCUUAUCACAGUGGAAUUUAAACGUUAAUUUAUUUGUCUCAUUUAAUCGAUUAAAUAAUAAUGACAAAAAUAAAUAUGUUUACAACUUGCAAAAUUUAUGUACACAUGUGUAUAUAAAGCCACUAAUUAGGAGAAGUGAUAAAUCAGGAAUAAAUAGUAAGGAAAGAUUUAACACAGAUUACAAUUUAUAUAAACCAAAAUCCGAGUUAGUUCCAUUGAAAAAGGGGGGAAAUUAUAUAUAUUUUUUUUAUAAACAAAAAAAGUACAUUUUCAAUUAUGAAACGUUAGAUUUCGAAUCCGUUAAACAUUUUGAUACUUUUAAUUUAUCUUUUUAUCAAAAAUGGAAAGGAUUAAUUGAAUGUAAACAGGAGAAUCUCCAAGACGAUGUAAACAUGUGCAAAACGUUACGAGAAAUAGAAGAAAAUGUAAAAAAUCACCAAAGGAGGAGUGGAAAUUUGAAUAUCCUUUUCCUUCAAUUAGAUGGUUUAUAUUUAAGCAAAGGUAUAAUAAGUGAAAUGUCCAAAUUAGUACACAAUAACAACAAAGGGGCAGGUAAUAAACCAGAAGAAGAGAUAGAAAACAUUUAUGAGUACACGAAAAAGGGGAAUGAAAAAAUGCCAAAAUUAUUACAAACAAUUGAGGAGAGAAACAUGUCCCAAUUGUCAUAUCAUAAUGGUGUUUUAAAGAAGAGAAAUAAAGUACAUAUUGAUGAAUCGAAAAAUAUGCAACAUGAGAAAGAUACAGACUCUUUUUUUAAUUAUUAUAAAAAAAAAAGCAGUUUUGAGAUUCCACAUGAUAUAUUCGUACAUAACAAUAUAGAUAAAUAUGGAGAAAAUAUCUAUGAUAUUCCAUCUCCAUGUUUUAAAAAAUUAUUAUAUGAAGCUAUGCUGUCACCAUUUUUUAUUUUUCAAUUCUUUAGCAUCCUCUUAUGGAUGCUUGAUAGCUAUUGGUACUUUGGCAUUUUUUCCAUUUUCAUAUUAGUAGUUUUAGAAGCACAAUUAAUUAAUAAAAGAAUAAGAGAAUUUAAUCUCAUAAAUAGUAUGAAAGUACCUGCCCAGAAUUUAUAUGUGUAUCGAAAUUUGCAGUGGAAAAUUAUAAAGUCUAGCAUGCUACUCCCAGGAGAUAUAUACAUAUUAUCUAAUGAGACGAAUGGUGGAGACAAUUUGUGUACGUGUGAAACUUUAUUACUGGAUGGAGUAUGCAUCACAGAUGAGUCCAUCCUAACAGGUGAAUCUAUACCUUUGAUUAAAGCAGCUAUUGAUAAAACCGAAGAAGAUUUUAUGGAUGAUUAUGACAGUAUAAAUAAUAACUUUGAUGAAAUGGAAGAACCAUCUGAAAAUCAAAUGGAUGGAAUUUCCAUUUUUGCAAACAAAAUUGACAUAAAGAAUAAGCAUAAAAAGCAUGUAGUUUAUGCUGGGUCGAAUAUUUUAUUAACAAAAAAUGAAAAUAACGAAUUUAAUAAUAUGAAAUUACCCAUUAAUGGAUGUAUAGGGGUUGUAUUAAAAAAUGGAUUUACGACAUAUCAAGGAAAAUUAGUUAGAACAAUAAUUAACACAUCAGAAAAAGUCAAUUCAUCUAGUACAGAUUCCAUUAUUUUUUUAUUUAUACUUUUAUUAUUUUCCCUGUCCUCAUGUGCCUACGUAAUUUAUACUGUGUCACAAUCAGCCCAUGAAAGGAAUUUAUACAAACUUCUUCUCUCAGUUUCACAUAUUAUCACAGCUGUUAUUCCUCCAGAAUUCCCAAUAACAUUAUCCUUAGGUGUUACCAUUUCGAUUAUAUAUUUGUACAACUUAAAAAUUUAUUGUACAGAACCGUUUAGAUUACCAUUUUCUGGGAAAUCAAACAUAUGUGCAUUUGACAAAACAGGAACCUUAACUGAGGAUAAUAUGAUCGUUUUAGGAUUAUUCGGAUUUGAUAACAAUACAGAAAAGAUAAAUGAAAUAAAUGAAUCUAUUAUUAAUAAGCAAAAAGUCCCUUUCCUUUCAGUAGCUGUAAUUGCUGGAUGUCAUUCGAUAUGCACUGUUAACAAUAAACUGUUGGGAGAUCCGUUAGAAAAAAAUUCAUUUCAGAAAUUAAAAUGCAUGAUGAGGAAUCUAGACAACACUUAUGUUUAUACAAACAAUAACCACAUCGAUGGUUCUAUUACUCACCAAAGCAGUGGGGACAGAGGUAGCAAAAUAAUUGGUAUGUUUGGUAAGAAGGCACCUAAUCCGUCUCUUAAUGAAAAAAAGAAAAAAACAUGUGUUGAAAACUUUCAAAUUUAUAAAAGAUUCUUCUUCUCAUCAGAAUUACAAAGAAUGACAUGUAUUAUUUUGCAUGAAGGGCAUGAAGGAGAUUGGUAUGGGGAAGAGUUCGAAGAGGUUACAGAAUCCAGCACAUGUACAAACAGAAGCGACAUGGAAGAAAAAACGCCAAAUAGUGAAAACUUAGCAAUUUUGGAAAAUUUAAAAAAAAAAAAAAAAAAAAAUGAUAGCAGCAAAGGUGAAACAAUUAAGCAAUACCUUGCUGUUAGUAAAGGAUCCCCCGAAAUGAUGAAAAAAUUUUUAAAAAAAAUUCCACAAAAUUAUGAUCAAGUUUUAAACAGCUUAUCGAUUAAAGGUUAUCGUGUCAUAUGUCUAGCUGCAAAUGUAUUGGAUAGUAAGAUAAUUUCAAAAAAUGUUAAAAGAGAAGAUGUAGAAAAAAAUUUACAUUUCUGUGGUUUUUUGACCUUCAUAUGCCCAAUAAAAGCAUCAACACCAAGUUAUAUUCUUGAUAUAAAACAGGCAGGACUUAAAAAUGUGAUGAUAACAGGAGAUAAUGCAUUAACCGCUUGUCAAGUUUCACAAGAUGUAAAUAUCGUCCCUUCUAUAAAGAGCAAAGAUAUUUUGAUUUUGAAGCUUAGAGAAGAUUAUAACACCACAUCACAUGGGAAGAAAAAACUACGCUCAGGUACUUCUUUUGACCCAUCCCAUGAAAUGUUACAAAAUGAGGAGAAAAAAUUCAGUGGGGAAAAAAGCCCCUCAGAUUUAGCAGACCAAGAAGACAUAUUUAGCAAUAACGAAAAGGAGAAGGCAAUAGAACUAAUAAAAAAUAUCCCUGUGCAUAAUAAAACCCAAAAUAAUGCAAUUAAUAAAUUAAUCAAAAUUAUGAAGGAAAAAAAAAAAAACGUGAACAAAAUGGUAUAUUUUAUUAAUAGAGAAAAUAAAAAAAUGCUACCCUUCAUUGAUUGUGAGGAAUACAUAAAAUUAUGUGAAGAACUUUUCACGCUCUGCAUUACUGGAGAUAUAAUUGAAUAUUUUCUAAACAAUUAUCAAAACGAUUUAACCAUAUUUGAUGAACUUAUAAAACGAGUUCUUAUAUUUUGUAGAGUAUCUCCAAAGAAUAAAGAAAUUAUUAUAAAAACUUUGAAUAAAUUGGGAAACAUAACAAUUAUGUGUGGAGAUGGGACAAAUGACAUGGCAGCAUUGAAGGCUGCGCAUGUAGGAGUAUCAUUAUUAAGUAUAAAAAUAACGUAUAAAAAUACGAGGUCAGAUAAUAGUAAUAUCAAUAUUACUAAUCAAUUGAAUCGAGGAAAUAUAAAUCCGAAUACUACUAAUUAUAACAAUGGUAACAAUGGAGCUAUUCAAAACUAUGAACAACGGCUGAGAAGUGUGUACGAUAAUUUAAAUGCUCAAUAUAAUGCAGCUUCUGCAAAUGGUGGUAAUAAUUUGGCAAGUGCCAGAUAUUAUGAACAAAUGAAAUUAUACAAUGAAAGAAAAAAACAGUUAGAAAAUAUGAUGCAAUCUAUGGAUGAUUCUUUACCUCUAAUAAAAUUAGGAGAAGCGAGUAUAGCAUCUCCAUUUACAUACAAAGGGAACGAUAUUAAAUGUAUUAAGGAAAUUAUUUGUUGUGGAAGAUGCGCAUUAUCAAAAGUUAUAAUGAUGUAUAAAUUGAUGAUUAUAAAUUCUCUGAUAACAGCUUUUUCCGUAUCCAUUUUGACCUUAGAUGGAGUAAAAUUAAGUGAUGCACAGACGACAGUUAUAUCUUUACUGUACACUUCUCUCAUUGUUUUAAUAUCCAAAACAACUCCUUUAAAAAGUAUAUCAAAUUAUUCCCCGCCAAAUUCGUUAUUUAAUAUUAGUGUUAUGAGUUCUUUAAUAUCUCAAGUUUUUAUUCAUUUUUCUAUUUUAAUAUAUGGAUGGAAAUUAGCUUGUUCUUACAGACAACCUGAUUACGUCCCAGAUUUGAAAGGAGAUUUCUCACCUAAUUUAGUUAACACUUGUAUUUACUACCUAAUUUAUUGUAUCAAUUUAUCCAUUUUUUCAUGUAAUUAUGAAGGGUUACCAUUUAUGACACCCAUUCAUAAAAAUAAAGAAAUCGUGUACAUAUUUAUUGCAAAUUUUAUCUUCCUUUUUGCUCUCGUUAUGAAUAUAAUACCCGAUCUAAACCAUUUCUUCUCACUUGUCUCCUUUCCAAAUACCAAUUUACAAUUUCUCUUUUUGUUUUUAAUGAUUUUGGACAUUGUUGCACCAUAUCUCAUUUGUAACACAAUCAGAUACAUAAGGUUUUAUGCAUUUGAAAAGUUUAAAUUAAAUUUAUAA